AUGAGGGAAAGGACCAUUGACUGUCCGAAUUUGAGAUGUUUAUGUUCAUUACCUCUUGAAAGUCUGCAGACGCCCCAAGGCAACAGGUACAACCGACACUUGGCCAGUCACAACAUUUACUUCAUUCAUCUGAGCCCUGACAUCGCAAGAUACGAACGCCUUCACUCUUGCUCGAUUCCCAAGAUGCGUUUUGAUUUGAGGGCGCGCUCAAGUCCCACAGCAGGAUGAGUUUGCGCUGGCCGUCGACUAUGUUGCGUACCUGCCCAUGUCUCGGUACUCAGCGACUGAAAGUGGGUAGGUAGGUCUUGGAUCUGUGGAGAGGAAAGGAGAUCCAAGUAAUAAUCGAUUCUGUGCCAUAAUUAUCUCGCCCAAAGCCACCGCUCUUAACCUAUCC